GAUUAACGUUCAACUUCGCCAUUAACAGAUCUUAAACGUCGGCAUUGAUCUUUCGACAAAUUGUUUUUCUCUCUCUUGAUUGUCUCGAUUUCUAAAUUCUAGGAAGGCUUUAAUUUGGGCGAUAAUGGCGGCGACUGAGGAUCCGGUUGUUGCAUCAGCGGAGCAAGAAGUGGUUUCUGCUCCUGCGACGGAAGAAGCUCCAGUAGAGGAGAAUAAAGCUGAAGAACCUGCUGAAAAGACAAAGAAAGCAAAGGAAACUAAGCCAAAGAAGGCUGCUGGUCCGAAGAGAACUAGGAAUCCUCCUACUCACCCUCCUUACUUUGAUAUGAUUAGCGAGGCGAUUACAACGUUGAAGGAUAGGACUGGAUCGAGUCUGUAUGCAAUUCAGAAAUUCAUUGAGGAGAAGCAUAAGAAUCUUCCGUCGAACUUUAAAAAACUUCUUUCUGGGAAUUUGAAGAAAUUUGUUGCUUCUGGUCGUUUUGUCAAGGUUAAGGCAUCAUACAAGCUUCCUUCAACUCGUUCUGUUGCUUCGAAACCUAAGUCUACUCCAGAGAAGAAAGAAAAGCCUGCUGCAAAGCCGAAAUCCGGUGCAUCAAAGAAGAAACCGGCUGCUGCUGCUAAGCCGAAAGCUGCAGCGGCUAAGCCAAAAGCUAAGGCUAAGCCUAAAGCUGCAGCUGCUAAGCCGAAAGCUUCUGAAACUAAGUCAAAGGCAAAGCCAAAUGCCAAGGCUAAAACUGUAGCCAAGCCAGCUGCUAAGACAAAAGCAGUGGCUGCUGCUGCACCUGCGAAGCCGAAAGCUACUGGUACUAAGAGGAAGGCUGUAGCUGCAGUGAAGCCAAAGGAGAAGCCAGCAAAGGUUGCUAAGACGACUGCUAAGUCGACACCAUCAAAGAAGGCGGCUGCCCCGAAGGCUGCUCCAAAGAAGGCAGCUGCGGCAAAACCAGCUCCUAAGAAGCCUGCAGCAGUGAAGAAGAGUGCGAAGCCCAAGAGUACCAAGUCUCCACCAAAGAGAGCAAUGCCGAAAAGAGGGAAGAAGUGAAGUGAAGUAUAAUUGUUGUGUUUUUAGAUAAUUUGUAGGGUUUGGUUGGGAAUUGGGAUGGAUAGAUUCUGUACAUGUUCCGAUGUUUUAGUGGGUGUAAUGUUAAAGAGAAGUUUAGCGCCCAUACAUACAUGGAAGUUCAAGUUCUUUUUCUUUUUUGUGACAUUUUUUUAGAUGUUUAAUCGGAGAUGUAGUUGGUUAAGAUGAGUAUUUAUCAAUGAAAUAUGAGACAAGAAUUUAAGAUUUCAA